AGCAUUCAUGUCAACAUCUGGCUGCAGCUGCGCUCACUGCGUCUUUAAGCCGAAAUCAAUGAGCGCGCGCGCUGAUUAACUGUCGCUGUCCGGUGAGGGAGGUGCUGAAAAGGAAAAAAUCAGAGCGCGCGCGCACACCUUCUCUCUCUCCCUCUCUCUCUCUCUCUCUCUCUCCGUCAGACACUUGCAGCCAUUUUACGCAGGACGAGUCCAAUCAUGUCGUGAGCGUGAGCCUCGCUCGCCGGUCACCUGCGCGACAGAGACACACGGACACAGGGUUCCGCGCAGGUUCGGUCCGGCUCGGCACGGCAGCGCCGGUCCACAAACAUGGUGAAGAGGAAAAGCCUGGACGAGAACGAGCCGGAGUGCGGGAAGGGUAUACCGUUCCCCAUCCAGACCUUCCUGUGGAGGCAGACCAGUGCGUUCCUGCGUCCAAAGCUGGGAAAGCAGUAUGAAGCCUCCUGCGUGUCCUUUGAGCGUGUGCUGGUGGAGAACAAGCUCCACGGCCUGUCGCCGGCGCUGUCAGAAGCCAUCCAGAGCAUCUCCCGCUGGGAGCUGGUCCAGGCGGCACUGCCUCACGUCCUCCACUGCACCUCCAUCCUGCUGUCCAACAGGAACAAGCUGGGACACCAGGACAAACUGGGCGUGGCCGAGACCAAGCUCCUCCACACGCUGCACUGGAUGCUGCUGGACGCGGCGCAGGAGUGCAACCACGAGCCGAGCCUGGGCCACGGCUGGUCCAGGGGCAGCAGCAGCAGCGCCUUCCUCCAGCCCGUGGGGAACCAGGGCUCGUCGCCCGGGGCCCCCGGGUCCGGCUCCGGCUCGGCCCUGGGCAGCAUGGGGCCCCAACACAGCAGCUCGCUGCUGGAGGAGGACGAGCAGGCGCGCACCAAGCUCUUCCACAAGAGCAUGGAGACAGUGGAGCUGUUUGUGUUCCUGUUUGCUCCGCUCAUUCACCGAAUCAAGGAGUCGGACCUGACCUUCCGAUUGGCCAGUGGUCUGGUCAUUUGGCAGCCGAUGUGGGAGCACCGGCAACCGGACAUCCCGGCCUUCACGUCGCUCAUCAAACCUGCGAGAAACAUUGUGACAGCAAAGAGGAACUCCCCAGUCAACAACCAGUGCAGCCCCUGUGGAUCUGGCAACCCGGGCCCCACGGGCUUCCAGGUGGUGUGCGAAGCCACCCAAUCAGACUCCUCCUCCCCUGCAGCUGGAGAGCAGCGAUGUCGUCGUGGUAACUCGGUCGAGAAAGGCGGCCCUUCCCAGCAACCCCCGCCGGUCAAGGGGCCCUCCAAGAAAAAGACCUCGGCCCCCGCCGGUCUGCCCACAUCCAUGGCCCAGCGAGGGCGCUACGCUACCUACUUUGACGUGGCAGUGCUGCGCUGCCUUCUGCAGCCACACUGGACGGAGGAGGGCGUGCACUGGGCCUUGAUGUAUUACCUGCAGCGCCUGAGGCAGAUCCUGGAGGAGAGACCCGAGCGCACCCCGGAGCCCCUGGUCAUGCCGCUGCCACGGCCGCGCAGUAGCUCCAUGGUGGCUGCCACGCCGUCGCUGGUCAACACUCACAAGACCCAGGAUAUGAGUCUGAAAUGCAACGAGGAGGAGAAAUCCCUGAGCACGGAGACGUUCACAAAGGUGUCCCUGACCAACCUCCGUCGACAGGCUGUCCCCGACCUCUCCUCUGACCUGGGCAUGAACAUCUUCAAGAAGUUCAAGAACCGACGCGACGACCGGGAGAGGAAAGGCUCCAUCCCCUACCACCACGCAGGGAAGAAGCGGCAGCGGCGCAUGGGCGUUCCCUUCCUGCUGCACGAGGACCACCUGGACGUCUCGCCCACACGCAGCACCUUCUCCUUUGGGAGCUUUUCCGGCCUGGGAGACGACCGGCGAGCUCUGGACCGCGGUGGCUGGCAGGCGACGAUCAUGGGCCGAUUCACGCGGAGGGGGAGCACGGACACGGCGGCAGACGCGGACAGCCUGAGUGCCAAGCACUCGCACUCCCACCACUCCCUCCUCAGAGACAUGCCCGACCACUCCAACAGCCACAGCGACAACACUGUCAAAGAGGUCCGAUCGCAGAUCUCCACCAUCACCAUGGCGGCAUUCAACACCACAGUGGCGUCCUUCAACGUGGGCUACUCGGACUUCUUCACCGAGCACAUGAAGAAACUGUGUAACCCCGUCAACGUCCCCGAGAUGCCCGUGGAGCCGCUGGCGUGCGCCAACCUGCCGCGCAGCCUCACCGACUCCUGCAUCAACUACUCCUGUCUGGAAGAAGGGGAGAACAUCGAGGGGACCAAUAACUUUGUGCUGAAGAACGGCAUGCUUGACCUCACUGCCAUCCUGCGAGCGCUCUACGCCGUCCUCAGUCACGACAUCAGCUCCAGGAUCUGCGACGUGGCCCUCAACAUCAUCGACUGCCUGCUACAGCUGGGCGUGGUGCCCGGCAUGGGCAAGAAGCUGUCCAAGCCCGACAACAAGGAGAACCAGGAGGCGCGGGCCAAAGACGGGACCACGCAGGGCCUCGGAGGAGGAGCGCAGGGGGGUGGAGCCGUGCCAGGGGCGGGAGGAGGCGGAGAUGGAGGCGGAGGAGGAGGAGGAGGCGGGGGCAGCGGAGGAGGGAGCGGGCAGGGGAGCAAGGACGACGUGAAGAAUAACAAAGACAAUAAUAAAAAGGAGGAGGGCUCCGGCCUCAGCGCUCACCGCUUGGCUCUGACCAUGCUGAUAAAGAUAGUCAAGUCUCUGGGCUGCGCCUACGGCUGUGGCGAGGGACACCGCGGUCUGUCAGGAGAUCGCCUCAGGAUGCAGGCACAGAACUGCCUGACCAGCCUGUAUAAGCUGGACAAGCUGCAGUUUCGCCAGACAAUACGCGAGUAUGUGAACAAAGACUCUCUCAAUAACAUUGUGGACUUCCUGCAUGCGCUGCUGGGCUUCUGCAUGGAGCCCAUUACCGACAAGUACGGCAGUGCAGGUGAGAGGUCCAGGAGGGCGAAAAAAAGAAACAUCGACAAGGCCGGCUUCGGGAAUAACUUCACUACGGGGGACAACAAGUCUGUGGCACAGACAAUGGAGGCGGUGGUGGUGGGCUGCAUGUUCAAGUCCCUCAUCACGCGCUGUGCGUCCACCACGCAUGAGCUGCACAGCCCCGAGAACUUGGGUCUGUACUGCGACAUCCGCCAGCUGGUGCAGUUCAUCAAGGAGGCGCACGGCAACGUGUUCCGCAGGGUGGCGCUGAGCGCGCUGCUGGACAGCGCAGAGAAACUCACCACCACCAAGAAACCUGAAGAGAAGGAGGAGGCCAAACAGGCCGGACCCAGGAGGUCAGAGGCGGGUGUGUCCGGGGAGAAGGGUCAGGUGUCCAGUGCUGCAGAUGAGUGUCACAGCUACAUCUCCAGUAGACCCCCCCAGACCCCCGAACAUGAAGAACAAAUCCCCGGCGCUCUGCUGGGCAGGAAGGAUUUCUGGAGGAAGAUGUUCAAGUCGCAGAGCGCCGCCAGUGACACGAGCAGCCAAUCGGAGCAGGACACCUCAGAGUGCACCACCGCCCACUCCGGCACCACCACGGACCGGCGCUCUCGAUCCAGAUCCCGUCGCAUUUCGCUCCGCAAGAAACUGAAGCUGCCUAUUGGCAACUGGCUGAAGCGUUCCUCUCUUUCUGGACUGACUGACGGUGUGGAGGACCUGCUGGACAUCAGCUCAGUCGACCGACUCUCCUUCAUACGGCAAAGUUCAAAGGUGAAGUUCACCAGUGCGGUGAAGCUGUCCGAAGGGGGCGCUGCAGGGCCAGAGUACGGCAGGGACGAGGAGGAGAAUUUCUUCAAGCGGCUUGGUAAAUGGAGGUCUGGCAGGAGGAAUCCAUCCAAGCUUCACCACACAGAAGAGAAAGAUGGUCCUCACGGUUUUCAGGAGCGUCUCGCAGCCAGUCAGGAGGCCAUGAAGAAUAAGAACGUGGUGAAUUUGGGUGCCAUACGACAGGGUAUGAAACGCUUCCAGUUCCUGCUGAAUUGCUGCGAGCCGGGAACCAUACCGGACGCCUCCAUCCUCGCUGCUGCUCUGGACCUGGAAGCUCCAGUUGUUGCUCGGGCCUCCCUCUUCCUCGAGUGCGCCAGAUUCGUCCACCGCUGUAACCGUGGCAACUGGCCCGAGUGGAUGAAGGGUCACCACGUCAAUAUCACCAAGAGGGGCCUGUCAAGGGGGAGAUCACCGAUCGUGGGCAACAAAAGGAACCAGAAACUCCAGUGGAACGCUGCCAAACAUUUCUGCCAGUGGGGAGACGCAAUCGGCACACGGCUCAGUGAACUGUGUCACUCUGACAGCGAGAGCCCUGCUAACAUCCUGGGUUACAUCUAUGACGAAGAGACCAAACGGAGAAUGAGAAAAGAAGAUGAGGAUGAGGACUAUUUAGAUGACAACACAGUCAAUCCUACAAAAUGUGGCUGCCCCUUUGCUUUGAAAAUGGCCGCCUGCCAGCUCCUGUUGGAAAUCACCACUUUCCUGCGUGAGACUUUUCCCUGUUUGCCACGCCCCCGCACCGAGCCACUUGUGGAUCUCGACAGCUGCCGCCUGCGGCUAGACCCCGAGCUCGGCCGCCAUCGAUACGAGAGGAAGAUCAGCUUCGCAGGCAUUCUUGAUGACGAGGAUGGGCACGACUCGCUCAACAGCAGCAGCCACACGUUGAAGUCUGACACCACUGGUGAUGAAAAGAAGGCCCCGGAAACUCAGGCACCCAUCAGGAAGAUUCGCAUUGGAGGCUCUCGGCUGCUUCAGAUCAAAGGGGCGCGCAGCUUCCGUGUAAAGAAGGGAGGCUCGCUGUCGUCCAUACGCCGAGCAGGGAGCCUCAAAAGCACCAAGAUGUCUCGUCAGGACUCUGAGUCUGAGAACGAAGAGGGUUUAUUGUCCCAAACACAAAGCAGGGACACAGUUACUGACAUUGGUAGUCCAUUCAGCACCAGUGAGCCCAGCAUAGAGCCAGAGGGCCAGGGCUCAGGAGGAGCAGAGGACAACUACCACCGCAACAUGUCCUGGCUCCAUAUCAUGAUCCUGCUGUGCAACCAGCAGAGUUUCAUCUGCACCCACAUCGACUUCUGCCACCCGCACUGCUACCAGCACCACAGCCGCUCCUGCGCCCGUCUGGUGCGAGCCAUCAAGCUCGUGUAUGGCGAGACGGUGGACAGCCUGCGUGAAGACAGCGCCUCCUCUGGUAACAUCGGGGCACGUGCAAAGAAAACCAAAGAGUGUUCAGACAAGUCGUGUCUGAGGACCCCGUCCAUGAAAAGAAGACCCACUGACUCCAACACAGAGGGGAAGAAAGACACAGGCAUGCUCAAGUACAUUCGCAACCAGGUGAUGAGCUUGUCACCGGCGCCACUCUCGCUGCUAAUCAAAGCGGCUCCCAUCUUGACUGACGACAUGUACGGCGACGUCCAGCCUGCAGCCUGGGAGCUGCUGCUCAGUGUGGACGAACAUAUGGCAGCUGCCGCCGCGGCCAUGUUCCUCCUGUGCGCGGUCAAGGUCCCAGAUGCGGUGACCGAGAUGAUGAUGGCGGAGUUCCAGCACCAGGAGGCGUGUCAGCGCAUCAACUCCAUCCUGAAGUUUAACACACUCUGGCGUUUCCGCUACCAGGUGUGGCCCCGCAUGGAGGAAGGAGCACAGCAGAUCUUUAAGAUCCCUCCGCCCAGCAUCAACUUCACCCUCCCGUCUCCUAUACUGGGAAUGCCCUGUGUCCCCAUAUUUGACCCCCCGUGGGUGCCACAGAACACUGGCAGCGUCCAGGACCCAAUCAAUGAAGACCAGUCCAAAUCGUUCUCAGCGCGGGCGGUGUCGCGCUCCCACCAGCGAGCCGAGCACAUCCUGAAGAACCUGCAGCAGGAGGAAGAGAAGCGGCGUCUGGGCCGCGAGGCCAGCAUCAUUACGGCCAUCCCUGUGGCUCAGGAGUCCUGCUACGAGCCCACGUGCAGCCCACCGCCCGAGCAGGAGGAAGAAGCAGAAGAAGUGGUGAACCUGACAUCGCGCCGCCUGUCCGUCAGCCCCUCCUGCACCUCCAGCAACUCCCACAGGAACUACUCUUUCCGCCGGGGCUCUGUGUGGUCGAUGCGUUCGCUGGCCAGCGCUGAGGAUGAAGAGAACACAACAGAACACACUCCCACUCACCACAUGCUACAGCCACCUCAAGCUGUCUUCCCAGCAUGCAUCUGUGCUGCCGUUCUACCAAUUGUGCACCUCAUGGAGGACGGGGACGUUCGAGAGGACGGUGUGGCUGUGAGUGCCGUGGCGCAGCAAAUCCUCUGGAACUGCCUGAUUGAGGAUCCGGCCCUGGUUCUGCGCCACUUCCUGGAAAAGCUAACAGUGAGCAACAGACAGGAUGAGUUGAUGUACAUGCUGAGGAAGCUGCUGCUCAACAUCGGAGAUCUGCCGGCUCAGACCUCUCACAUCCUCUUUAACUACCUGGUUGGUCUGAUCAUGUACUUUGUGCGGACUCCCUGUGAGUGGGGCAUGGACGCCAUCUCAGCCACACUCACCUUCCUGUGGGAGGUGGUGGGUUAUGUGGAGGGGCUGUUCUUCAAAGACCUGAAGCAGACCAUGAAGAAGGAGCAGUGUGAGGUCAAGCUGCUGGUCACUGCGUCCAUGCCAGCAGGAACCAAAACUCUGGUGGUGCACGGGCAGAACGAGUGCGACAUCCCAACACAGCUGCCAGUGCAUGAAGACACUCAGUUUGAAGCCUUGCUGAAGGAGUGUCUUGAAUUUUUCAACAUACCUGAGGCCAGAUCAGCGCACUACUUCCUCAUGGACAAACGAUGGAACCUCAUCCAUUAUUCCAAGACAUAUGUAAGAGACAUCUAUCCCUUCCGGAGGUCAGUUUCUCCUCAGCUCAACUUGGUCCACAUGCUGCCAGAGAAAGGACAAGAGCUCAUUCAGAAACAGGUGUUUUCCCGUAAACUGGAGGAGGUGGGCCGUGUCCUCUUCCUCAUCUCGCUCACGCAGCACAUGCCGGCUGUGCACAAGCAAUCCCACGUCUCCCUGCUGCAGGAGGAUCUGCUGCGUCUGCCGUCUUUCCCACGCACCGCCAUCGACGCAGAGUUCUCACUGUUUAAUGAGCCGCAAGGUAAGGAGCUGUUUGGACUAGACACUCUCCACAAAGUGCUGUGGAUCAAGCUGCUGGAGGAGAUGUUCCUGGGCAUGCCCAGUGAGUACCCGUGGGGUGACGAGAUGAUGCUCUUCCUCAACGUCUUCAACGGGGCGCUGCUGCUGCACCCCGAGGACAGCGCCCUCCUCAGGCAGUACACGGCAACGGCUAUCAACACCGCUGUCCACUUUAACCAUCUCUUCUCCCUGAGUGGCUACCAGUGGAUCCUGCCAACCAUGCUGCAGGUCUAUGCUGACUAUGAGAGCAACCCUUUACUGAGGCAGGGCAUUGAGUUCUGCUGCCGACAGUUCUACAUCCUCCACCGCAAACCCUUUGUCCUGCAGCUGUUUGCAAGUGUGGCUCCGCUGCUAGAAUUCACAACCAGCACGAGCACUGGUCUGUCUAAAGGAGUCUCAGCCCAGUGUCUGUUCGACCUGCUCGUCUCUCUGGAGGGUGAGACUCAGGACGCCCUGGACGCUCUGGAGCUGGUCAAGGCUGAGAAACCGCUGCGCUCUCUGGAUUUCUGUUAUGGAAAUGAGGACUUGGCCUUUUCUAUCAGCGAGUCCAUCAAGCUGUGUGUGACUGUGGUCGCUUAUGCUCCUGAAUCCUUCAGGAGUCUCCAGAUGCUCAUGGUCCUCGAGGCCUUAGUUCCCUGCUUCCUCCAGAAGCUGAAGAGUAACACAGUGACCAUGGAAUCUGCAUCCGCUGCCAGAGAUGAGAUCGCCGCCAUCGCUGCGCUGGCUACGUCACUGCAGGCCCUCCUGUACAGCUCAGAGACCCUAACGAGACCCAUGACAGCCCCACAGUUGUCCCGCUGUGAUCAGGGUCAUAAGGGAGGAACGACUGCCAAUCAUGCCAUGUCAGGAGGUGUCAACACCAGGGACAACCUCCACCUCCUGGAGGAGGGUCAAGGAAUGCCAAGGGAGGAGCUGGAUGAGCGCAUUGCCAGGGAGGAGUUUCGCCGGCCACGGGAGUCCCUGCUAAAUAUCUGCACUGAGUUUUACAAACACUGUGGACCACGACUAAAGAUCCUGCAGAACGUUGCCGGUGAGCCCAGGGUCAUAGCCCUGGAGCUGCUGGAUAUAAAGUCGCACAUGAGGCUUGCUGAGAUCGCCCAUGCCCUGCUGAAGCUGGCGCCCUAUGACACCCUGACCAUGGAGAGCCGCGGGCUGCGGCGCUACAUCAUGGAGAUGCUGCCCAUCACCGACUGGUCGUCCGAGGCCGUCCGCCCAGCCCUCAUCCUCAUCCUCAAGCGGCUGGACCGCAUGUUCAACAAGAUUCACAAGAUGCCCACGCUCAGGUGCGCUCGCCCACAGGCUUUAUGCACCAGGAGACAGGUGGAGUGGGAGGCGGCCAGCAGCCUGAUCGAGGGGAUCUGUCUGACCCUGCAGCGGCAGCCAAUCAUCUCCUUCCUGCCACACCUUCGCUCGCUGAUUAACGUCUGCGUCAACCUGGUGAUGGGUGUGGUGGGUCCCUCCAGCGUGGCAGAUGGGCUUCCUCUGCUCCACCUUAGCCCCUACCUCUCCCCUCCUCUCCCCUUCAGCACAGCGGUCGUCAGGCUGGUUGCCCUGCAGAUACAGGCCUUGAAGGACGACUUCCCACUCAGUCACGUGAUCUCACCUUUCACAAAUCAGGAGAGACGAGAGGGGAUGCUGCUCAACCUGCUCAUUCCCUUUGUUCUGACGGUUGGCUCUGGAAGCAAAGACAGCCCUCAUCUGGAGCAGCCCGAGAUCUUCCUGCUCCUCCAGACGGUCAUCAACAUCCUGCUGCCCCCUCGGAUCAUCUCCACCUCUCGCACCAAGAACUUCAUGCUGGACGCCUCGCCCGCUCACUGCUCCACCCCGGGCGACGCGGGGAAGGAUCUGCGCAGAGAGGGACUGGCGGAGUCCACCAGCCAGGCUGCGUAUCUGGCUCUGAAGGUGGUGCUGGUUUGCUUUGAGCGGUCGUUGGGAAACCAGUGGUACCGGCUGAGCCUGCAGGUGAAAGAGAUGGCUCUGAGGAAGGUGGGAGGCCUCGCCUUUUGGGAUUUCAUUGACUUCAUCGUCCGAACCCGUAUCCCUAUCUUCGUGCUGCUGAGACCAUUCAUCCAGUGCAAGUUGCUGACUCAGCCCGCCGACUCCCAGGAAGAGAUUACUGCACGUCACCACAUCGCCGACCAGCUGGAGCGACGCUUUAUCCCCAGACCUCUGUGCAAGAGCUCCCUGUUCGCGGAAUUCAACAACGAACUCAAGAUCCUGAAAGAGGCUGUGCACAGCGGCUCUGCCUAUCAGGGCAAGACGUCCAUCAGCACAGUGGGCACCUCCACGUCAGCGUACCGCCUCAGUUUGGCCACGAUGUCGCGCUCUAACACGGGCACUGGCACAGUGUGGGAGCAGGAGAGCCAGCCGUCACGCCAACCUUCCCAAGACACGCUCAGCCGCACGGAUGAGGACGACGAAGAGAAUGAUUCCGUGAGUAUUCCCAGCGUGGUGAGUGAGCACGAGGCCUUCCUGCCCAGAGUGAUCGCAGAGCGCCGUUUCUCCAGCCAUGCCACAGGCUCUGUGACCUCGCAGCCUGACGCCCCGCGCAGCACCAUGCUGCCCAGCCACAGUGAACCCAAUGUGCUAGAUGAGUCCCAGGGGCUUCUGCAGGAGGGUAACCUCUCUAGGGUUGCCAGUGUGCAGAGUGAACCGGGUCACCAGAACCUCCUGAUACAACCGCCGCUUGGAAGAAAACGUGGCCUCAGACAGUUACGGCGCCCCCUGCUGUCCAUUCCAAAGAAUGAACUGCGCGAUCGAGCGGGCGCGCGGCUCUCCACGACGCGCAGGAGCAUCCAGCCAAAGAACAGACCACUGGAAACUUUAUUGGACUGUGAAGGUGAGAUACAAAGCCUUAACUUCUUCUCCCCACACCCCGCAAACGGCCCGUCCCUUUUAUCUGCAACCUCACCCCCAGUAGGGCGCUCUGCAUGUCUGUCUUGCAUCCCUUCCCGCAGUCCCUGUGUCCCCCUCCUGUCCCACCAUUCCUGCCUCCACUCUCCUUUGGUGGUGCUGUUGUGUCAGCGGCACAGCGAGCUAGUGCCGUCAUCUCUCCGUCUUGUGCCCACAGCGCACGGAGACCAGAAGAGGUCGGUGACUUUCACGGAGGCGUCAGCGGGGACGAGCAAGCCCCCAACGCCCAGCACCGUGGUGGACCCUCCGGGUGAGGGCAACAAGGCCAGUCCUGCUGCAUCAAAGUCCCCCACCCUGGAAGUGCCCUCUGUCUCCUCAGCCACUGUCACGGCUGACCUGCACAGUCCCGCUAACACACAGGUUCCUUCAGCCAUAAGCAGCAAAGAGAAGAGAGAGCAGUGGGGGCUCCGCAGCAGCCUCUCCCCUCCUCCCUCCAUCUCCCGCCCCUCCACUCCAACCCCUCCACCACGCACCUGCUCCCCAUCGCCCCUGUCCCGAACCUGCUCCCCUCUCCCUCUUCCUCUCCCUCUCCCUCUCCCUCUGUCUCGCACGUCCUCCCCUCUCCCUCCACCGCUCCCAGUACUGGGCGCGACGCCGGCCCCGGGCCCCCCGCCGCCGCCGCCGCUGCCGCCGGCCCCGCUCCUCCCUCCGCCUCCGCCGGGGCCGCCCCGGAUCAGAGAGAGCCCCGGGGACGAGGACACGACUGCGCUCCUGCCGCGCUGCGGCACGCUGCUGCACCUCAGCGAGGACGCCGGCACGGAGAACCCGCUCCUCGCCCCGCUGCUGUCCCCUCCCUCACCUCGCCGCACGCCCCUGCCGCUCUCGCCCGUUGACCUGGACCUGGACGAGUCCCAUGUGUGAGAGCGCUGACAGGUGGUGAGAAAGUAUUACAAAUAAGACAAUGUACGUUUAGAUUUAAAGGUCCAGUCUGUGAGAAUUAGGGACAUGAGGUUGAUAAAUCAAGACCAUUGCUUAAAAUACGUACAGAAACAGCUAUAUAUGUAUACAUGUAUAUAUAUGAAGAUAGAUAGAUAAGCGGUUAUACACUUUGACAGUCUUCAAACCAUCCUAAAUCUUACGCACUAGACCUUUAAACCUAUUGUUUAUUUACAACACGCUACAUAAACUGGGGUAGAAUGUAUGAAACGACCUCUUGUUUAUCUCCAUCAGUUCAAAUAUGGAGAUUUCUGCUAUAUUUUAUGUCAAAACUCAUAAAUAGUAAUCGUAGAAAAGGUUAAAGGAUGAUAUUGGAGUAAUUAACGUAUGCCUCUAAUAGAUUUAAAUAUAAGAAGAAGAAUACUAAGAGAGAUAUUGAAUCUAUACAUGUUCCAAAAAGAAGAUGAUGCAGUUUGUGUGUGUGUGCAGUAAAUUAAGAGCCAUUAUUAUUAUUAAUCUGUGGGUGAAAUUAGGGCUUGAAAUAAGCGAGUGCAGUACAGAUUAUUUUAAAAAAUAGACACAAUAUUUUAAUCCUGUGGAACAGAAGCAAGACAGUAGAUGUUUUAUAUUCUAGGAGAUUCAUUUUAGUUUGUCAAUAUGAUAAAAAAAUAUAUUUAAAAAAUGUAAUUAAUCUAUUUAAAGGGACACUCCACCACUUUUCUUUUCUGUUUUGCUGAAUAUUAGUAACCUGCACUAUCUUGAAUUCAUUUAUUUUGCACAACAAUAGACACAAAAUGACAACAAUGGAAGAAAAAUAGGUCUAGGAUCCAAGAUCUUAUCUGAUAUUAUGCCGAGACUGCACUACAUACAAACAAUUUAUGGCCACAAAAGUAAUAAUAAUAAUUAUGUGUGAUAAUAUAAAUAAUAAAUAUAUAAGGGAAAAUUUGGAUGAUGCAACUUUUGUCUACAUAUAAUCUAUGUAUAAAAUAAAUAAAGGUAUUUAGUGGAUUUCAAAUAUAUUUAUCUAUAUUGCUGUUCGACCACAGCAGACAGACAGCUCUCCUUAAUGUGCAAUCAUAGUUUUAUUUUCUUUAUGACCAAAGACUAUGAACAUAUGGUGGGAAACAGUAAAUCUAUAAUCACAUUUAUCCUGAUGUUACAGUGUUUUGUCUGUUAUUACGUCCCCUCCUCAGAAAGACUGUAGGGUUUUAUAUUCGAUGCAGUAGUUAGGCGUUACCUCGUGGCUCAUGUCAUGCCUUAAAAAGAUUCAUAUUAACACGUCUGUCAAUAUCAGUCUCGUCUGUUAUAUAUUUGUGGUGAAAACCUCAUACCUCCACUUUCUACUUGAAUGUUUUAGGUUGCAGAGUGACAUUGUUUAAACCAUAUAUUUGCAUAUUCUGUUUUCCCAGUAUACAUUUAUAUAAUAUCAUUUAUGUUUAUGUGUUAAAAGUUUAACAUUUUUGUGCAAAAGCUGGACUUAUACAUGACAUUUAGCUAAAAUCUAGUGUGACAAUGAUGAUAACAGUCUUGUUAUGUGCCAUACUUCACACCAAUGCACUGUGAGUGUUCUUAGCAGCUUCUGUGGGUGUGUCCUUAUAUAUUUAACUCAACCAACAAGUCAGUCUUUAUGAAAUAAAUCCCCUUUGUCUUUUUGUCCUGUAUGUCAAAAUUCUGCAAAACACACACACUGUCCUGCUCAGUCAGUGCCAAAUUAUUAUUGUACUGCAUAUUUUUCAGGGUUUUCAAGUAUUUAAAGAAGUACAAAGAAGAUGUUUGUGUGUCAAAGUUCCCCUUAAAUGUAACAUGUCUGUGUCAAUUAUGUCUUCUCUGUGCAAAAUUGAAAUAAAUAUACACUUUAUGAGAACGUUUCUGAAA